AAUGUAUUAUGUAUUAAUUAUCUGAGGACUCCCAAGGUUCAAAUAGACCGCCGUAUGUACUGAAUAUAGCAUUCUAUAUACCUGCUCGUUCAAAAAACAUUAAAGUUCGCGGUUACGCGAUAUAAUCAGAAUGGUAUCAGCAUUCAUUCCAGUCGGUUGCUUUCAGUCUGAUCGCAUUCUCCAGUGCCGUUUCGUAGUGUAAAGAUGGCGUGUAUAAGGAUGUAGUAUUUUUUCUAUUAAUUAAUCAACUUUCACGAUCUGCUGCAGUGUCAGUAACUGUGAAAUAAGCUCCGCACAAUAAAAUUAAAAAAUAUUUAACAUAUUUUUUAAUAACGUGUUCGUCAAAGUUUUUGUAUGUACAUAUUACAUACUGGAGGUUACUUGCAAGUGUAUAAUAUGUAGUGAAAGUUGUUCGUGUCUUUGACCUAAUUCAGUCCCUUUUGUCCUUUAAACAGAAUUACAUUUAACACAUUCCGCAAUAAAAUAAGUCUGUUAUAUAAUUAUCAUUGAUAACAUCAUAUUAUAAUCAAUAUAUACAAAGUAUAGAAAUUUAAAUUACUGUGAUGACGAGCACAGAUACACGUGACGUAAUUCGAGUUGGAUCUCGAAAAAGUGAGUUGGCUCUGAUUCAAACACAAUAUGUAAUAGAUUGUUUAAAAGAAUAUCAUCCAACAAAAGAAUUUCAAAUAGUUAAAAUGAGUACCAAAGGAGACAAAAUCUUGGAUAAAUCUUUACCCAAAAUUGGAGAAAAGUCUCUCUUUACAGAAGAGUUGGAACUUGCCUUAGAAAAUGGCAAUGUUGAUUUUGUAGUACAUUCAUUGAAAGAUUUACCAACAUCUUUGCCACAGGGAAUGGCUUUAGGGGCAAUAUUAAAGCGUGAAAAUCCAUGUGAUGCAGUUGUUAUGUCUAAAAAGUACAAAGAUAAAACAUUAUCUACAUUACCAGAAGGUAGUGUUAUUGGUACUAGUUCAUUACGUAGAUCGGCCCAAUUAGCUAGAAACAUGCCACAUUUAAAGGUAGAAAAUAUUCGUGGUAAUUUAAAUACUAGACUAAGAAAAUUGGAUGACGAAAAUGGACCUUUUGCAGCAAUAAUUUUGGCUGCUGCUGGUUUAAAAAGAAUGAAUUGGGAAAAUAGAAUAAGUCAGCUGUUAGAACCAGAAGAAACAUUGUAUGCUGUGGGACAGGGUGCAUUAGGAGUUGAAUGUCGGGAAGCAGAUUGGAAAAUAUUGUCCCUUCUGGAACCACUGUAUGAUGUUGAUACAACUUUAAGAUGUGUAUGCGAACGUUCUUUUCUAAAAACUUUAGGAGGUGGUUGUUCAGCACCAGUUGCUGUUUUCUCAUCUUUAGAAGAUAAGCAUCUAACUAUUACCGGUGCUGUAUGGUCUUUAAAUGGACAAACACUUGUUAAAGAUACUACUAAAGCCAAACUUUAUAUACCUGAUGAUGACGGCGAACCUCCAAAAAAAUGUCCAUAUCGAGAACCAAAACUCUACUGCAGUGUUGCACCUGGUAAAGUAAGCAAUUUAAGUCUUAUAGGAGCCGAACAACUCGGUAAAGAUCUUGCAAAAAGUCUAAUAGAGAAGAAUGCUCUUGAUAUUAUGGAACAAGCUAGAAAUGAAGUUUUAAAUUCGAAAUAGGAUUGGUAAAUAAGUAAUACAAAAUAAGGUUUUCUUGAUGAUGGAAACAUUUGAAAAGUGUACAUAGUAAGAUAGAAAUUUCAUAUUUAAUCAGUGUAAAAAAAGUACAAAAUGUUGCAGCUUGUAAAAAAAUCUAUAAUACCCUGAUGUACAGUUUGUUAUAAUUUUGAAAUGUUUAUGAGUUUGUCAAAUAUUGUUUAUUAUCUUAUAAUUUGGCAGUCUAUUUUCGUCACAAAAAAAUUGAUUUCUGUACUUACUAUAAAUGUGAGAAAUAUUGAACAAAAGUUACCAAUAGUAAAAGCAGUUUGAAUAGAAGCUAUACACUGCCAUAUUUUUAUUUUGAAACCAUGUAAAAUAUUGUUAUAUUGUUUGAGUAAUUGUAUAAUAUAUUGCAAAAGUAACAAAUAUAAUAUUGUUAUAAUUGAAUUUAUUCUAUACAUAUGUGUAUAUAUUAUCCUUUUUUGUCACAAAUAUCAUUAUCAAGGAAACUAAUUGUUCUAUGUUAAUGAAUAGUAUUAUGAUGAAAUGUAUUUAGAAAAUAAGUAAUAUGAAAGUAUAUUUAGGAGUUUAUUAUUUUAUUGUAUUAUUUCAACAGUUGUUUACAUUUAGAUAAUUUAUAAAAAUACUGUUCAUUAUAAAAAAAGUCUGUACAGUUAUAGCAUGCAUUAUAGUUACUGUUGUAUAUCAAGGGAAAACAAAGGAAAUAAAAAAUAUAUAUUAUAUAUUAAGUUACAAAAUGAUAGAAAAUAUUUUUAUAAACCUGAAUUUCAUAUCUAUAACGUUUUAAUAAAAGAUGUUAAUAAUUCUUUAAUAUAUUAGUCAAAAGUCAAGAGUUACUAUAUUACUAUCUGCAACUUUUCAUAAACAAAUGAAUUAUUUUACAUGUAACAGUAAUUGGAAAUGCAACAGUAUAUUAUUGAACUUAUUUUUCUCUUUUAUUAAUAACAUUCAGUUUGUUUUCACAUGAUACAAUUUUUAAGAAAAAACAGCUUUUAUUUGAUACUAUGAUAUAAACUAUAAUUCUUUCUUAUUGCCUUUAGUUUAUAAGAAUAGAACAUUUUUUAUACAAAAAAAAACAUUAUAAAGUAUUUAAUAUGCUAGUGAGUACCGUUGAAAAUAAUGUCAUGUACAUAUGCUUAAGAUAAUACAUCUAUUACAAGAAUGUCAAUUUUAUAAUCACAAGGUAGAAUAUAUGUUUGCAUAAAUUUGUGCAAAUUCUAUAAAAUAUAUUUAUUAUGAAUAUAUAGACAACUGUAUUUUUGUAACUAGUUGUAAAUGCUGUCAGGAAUAAGUAUGUUAUUUUAAGAUCACAUUUCAUAUGAAUUCCUUAUUGAAGGAGCCUAAUGUUUAAACAUGCUAUAUUGCUAAUGUAAAAAUUAUUUUGAAAUUUCUAUAAAAUCAAUCACAUUAAAUUUUAUCAUUAGGUCAAUUAUUUUACUUUUCAAUUAGUUUUCCCAUUCCUGUUCUUUCUCAUAAAAUUGCUAAACAUUUAACAAAUAUGAACAAUUUAUUAUAGUCAUAUUACAUAGAUUAAGAAAAAUUUUGUGUGACUAGAGAUCUUUACAGAUUUUAUGUAUUAUAUGUAUAUUUGCUGCCAGCUUAAUCAAAAAUACUUUACUUGUAUGACUCAUCAAUAUCGCAGUCAAACUGUUAGAAAUGGAUAUUGUAAUUUUUAAACAAAAAUCAUACUUAUGAAAUUAAUAGAGAUCUUUGUAUUUAAAAUUUAAAUGCACAUAAGUAUGAUUCACAUUCUUGAUUAACUGACAUUGUUAUUAAGGAGUAUGGAAAUUUAAUCUAGGAGAACAUGCCACACAAUUAAAAAGUUUGACCACAUUAAAGUCACACAAAUACCUACAUUAUCAAAAAAAGCAUACACUUUUACUAAUAGUUAGAUUUUAUUUUAAAAUUCAACGUAAUUUUGAAUA